GGGAAUUCCACACAAGUAUAAUGUUGAAAAAUGACUUAUACUUUAUAUUUUGUGAUCUCUCUUGUGAUUCAAAGCAUACUUGGUGAUAUAGAUAAGAAACUGUUUUAUUAUGAAACUCUAUCAACAUUAGAAGAUGUUAAGAGAACCAAGAGAAGUACUGAUGGGAUUGUAAGAAACACUGAUAGAGAUAUUAAAUUCAGUGCCUUUGGCAGAACAUUUGAUCUGUUAUUGAAGAAUAAUGAUGACAUUUUAGCUCAGGGUUUUAAAGCAUCAAUAAUCAAACAUGAUGGUAGUUCAAGUGGAAUUAAUGUAAAUAAAAAUCAGCUUUUUAAAGGAAGAUUAGCAGGUGAAAAAGAUUCAAUGGUGGAUGCUCAUGUUGAAAAUGGUAAAUGGACAGCUAAUAUAUAUACAGCUCAGGAAUCCUAUCAUAUAGAACCAUCCUGGCGUCACUUACCACAUUCUCGGUAUUAUUCACAGAUUAUAUAUAGAGCAUCAGAUAUAAAAAGUAAUUUUUCAUUACCUUCAUUUAAAGGGGAAAAAUUAGCUGAUGGUAUUAAAGUAGACGUUGAUCCCAACGAUAUUAUUUAUGAUGAUAAAGAAUCUAUUAAGACUUCAAAUCGUAGUAAAAGACAGAUUUCUAAAGCCAGCACUUGCCAGAUAUAUGUUGUAGCAGAUCAUUUAUUUCAUCAGGGUAUUGGGGGUGGUUUACCCCAUACUACUGUUAAUUACUUAAUAAAUACAUUCCAAACUGUAGAUGGUAUCUUUAGAAGAACAAAAUGGGAAGGUACAACUGACCUGACAAAUAUUGGUUUUCAGAUUAAAGAGAUCAAAAUUCAUGAAAAAGCCACUCCAGUUAAAAAUACUCAACACUACAAUAUGGCUAAAGAGAAGGCCUGGGCUACAAGAGAUUUGUUAGAGGUUUUUAGUAGAGAAAGAUAUCAUGAUAAAUUUUGUUUAGCUCAUUUAGUAACGUAUCAGAAAUUCUCUGGAGGUGUAUUAGGUCUUGCAUAUAUAGCGUCACCAAGACAACGAACUGUUGGCGGCAUCUGUUCACCUGCUUACAUGAAAGACAAAAUACGCCUAAAGUUAAAUACAGGCUGGUCCAGUUCUAAAAAUACCAAUGGUGACAGACUUUUAACAAAAGAAGCUAUUCUAGUAACAACUCAUGAACUAGGUCAUAAUUGGGGAAGUGAACAUGAUGCAGAAACUGAUGAAUGUGCUCCAUCAUCUUUGACAGGGAAAGGAAAAUUUGUUAUGUAUCCCUAUGCUGUUAAAGGUUAUGAUGAAAAUAAUGAUAAAUUUUCCCCAUGUAGUAGAAGAUAUGUAAGAGAUGUGUUGAUAGCGAAAGCCUCUAAUUGUUUUACUGAUUUAAAUGCACCAUAUUGUGGUAAUGGUAAAAUAGAUAGUGGAGAAGAAUGUGAUGGAGGUAGAACAGGGAAAGAAGGCAAUGAUCCUUGUUGUUCUAAAGAUUGUAAAUUAAUUGGUAAUGCUGUAUGUAGCAAUGUCAAUUAUGAAUGUUGUGUAGAUUGUCAAGUAGCUAGUACAGAUACAGUGUGUAGGGAAGCUUUUAAAGGUGGUUGUACUAAAACAGCUAAAUGCAGUGGAAGUUUAGAAUGUCCACCAUCAGAAUAUGUUGGUAAUACUACACAAUGUUUAGAAGGUGGAGAAUGUUACGAUGGUAUAUGUGUAUCUUAUUGUGAGUUAAAUAAUGCUGAACCUUGUCGUUGUGAAAACAAUGAAAAAGAUGCUUGUCAUAGAUGUUGUCGUGAUCAACAAGGAAAAUGUUCAAAAUUUGGGAAUGAAAAAUUACCACAGGGAAGAGCAUGUUAUAUUGGAUCCUGUUCUGCUGAUGGAGUUUGUAAAAGAAAUGAAGUAGAUAUGGUUCAACGAUUGUUUUCAUUUAUAGAAAAAUUAACACCUAAUGCCUUUGUGGAGUUUAUGAAGAGAAAUAUAGUAGCUACAAUAUUAAUAUUUUCUAUGAUUAUUUGGGUACCAGUUAGUUGUAAGAUAAGUUGUAUAGUAAGUAUAACAUUAUUAUUGUAA